AUGCAACAGCCUCCAAAGCGUAUGGGUGUAAUUGAAUACGACAACGGCCAAUCUUUAGUUAUCAAGGAAGAAAUUAUCCAAGAUGAAGUAUUGCGUACCCCAGAUAUGAGAAAAGAUGAUAUUUUGGUUAAUGGAAAAAUUGGGUAUUCAAAAGAAGCAGAAAAUUCAACCAUCAAGGCAGAAAAUCAACCGAGUCCUUCAAAUAACACCAAGAAUUUGAAGAGUGAUUCUAAACAAUCAACAGAAAGACUAGAUGGAAGACUACGUUCUGCUCUUCAAUCUGGUCCCCUUUUGGAAUUUGAAACUGUGUUUGUCAAACACGAAAGGGAAGACAGCAGUCUUUUUUCUGAUGGAAAUCCAUUUGACGAAACUAUUCAAGAUCAAGUAGUGUGUACCCCAGAUCUUACACAAGAUGAUAUUCUGGUUGUUGGGAAAAAAGUUCGGGGUCAAAAGAAGCAGAAAAUUCAGGCAUCAAGACAGGAACCGGGAAAGAAAUACAAAUGCGAAAAGUGUGCUAGAACUUAUUCACGUAUAUAUAGUUUGAAUCAGCAUCGAAAAUACGAAUGCGACGUCACGCCAAAGUUCACAUGUAGUUUCUGCGGCAAACUGUUUAAACGGAAAAAUCAGAUGAAUACCCACGUGAGUCUCGUACAUCUUAAGACAAACUUGCACGGAUCGCAAACGAAAAUUAAUUGCGACAAAUGUUCUAAAAGCUACACUUGGCAAGGAGAUUUGAAUCGACAUAAACGUUUAGAACAUGCAGAAAUCACACGACAAUUUACUUGCGAUAUUUGCAAUCACAAAGCUAAACGCAAAUACCACUUGUCAAAACAUAUUACUUCAAAACAUCUCAAUAAGUAAUAUUAUUAUUACAUACGCGAAACUUCAAUUCUUCUUGGGAAAUUUAUAAUACAAGUAGAAAAACUCUCUUUUUUAUUAUGUUAAAUGUUUAAAUAGAUUAAAUUAAUUUUGGUGAGAAUCACUACAUAAUACUCAAUCUGACUUUUUGAAGUUCCGAAAAGGUAAGUUUACUCCAUCGACAUCUGCAUAAAUGAUGUU